CGUUGUCCGAACGCGUGCGAAGGCGGAGAGCUCGGCAGGCAUUUAAAGAAUUGCUUGAAUUAAGUCGUUGACUGUCGUGUUUGAAUGGAAAACAUUCUCAGUAUUGAAUUGAAGAUCAUCUACACGGAUAUUAUCGAGAGCUGCUGACAUGGCCAGGGCAUUGGAUGAUCGGGCACGAGAUGCAAUCGUCAGCAGUCUGCACAAUGAUGUCCUUGCACUCAAGGAACUGGUUCAGAAUCGGGAGAGCGAGCUGGUUAAAUUGCAUCGGGAAAUACACAAGCUGAAGAGUGUGCUGCAGCAGACAACGAAUCAGCUGAGCGUCUCCAGCAAACAGCAGACCGGCAAAACGAAGCUCUAUCCGCUGCCGGAGCAGUGCGGCGAGGUGACCAGCAGUCAUCAGAGGAAUCCGCAUGUCUGCAGCUCUUGUGGCAUGGUCAUGCCGGGCAGUCCCGAGUUCACACUGGAGUCACUCUCCCUGGGAUCACCCACAACCACUAGAACGUUGACGACAGCAACUCCGACUCCGACUCCAACCUCAACAUCAUCUCCAUCGCCAUCUCCAUCGCCAACUCCAGCUCCAACUCAGGCCGAGCUGAGACCCAAGCCUCUCUCGGCGGCCAUCAAGAAACAAGGCGUCUCCGCCGAGAGCUGUGUGCAAUCCAUGCAGCAAUCCUACACAGCUCCAAUACCCAAAUACGAGAAGGAUUUCAGUGCCAAGCAACAGAUCAAAGACGCCAUUAUGGACAAUGACUUUCUGAAGAACAUCGAUGCCUCGCAGGUGCGUGAGCUGGUGGACUCCAUGUACUCGAGGAGCAUCGAGGCGGGCGAGUUUGUAGUGCGCGAGGGGGAGGUGGGCGCCCAUUUGUAUGUGUCUGCAGCUGGAGAAUUUGCAGUGAUGCAGAAUGGCAAAGUGCUGGACAAGAUGGGACCGGGCAAGGCAUUCGGUGAGCUGGCAAUACUCUACAAUUGCACCAGGACGGCAUCGAUAAGCGUGUUGAGUGAGGCACGGGUUUGGGUGCUCGACCGUCGUGUGUUCCAGCAGAUAAUGAUGCGAACCGGUUUGCAGCGCAUUGAGAAUAGUGUGAAUUUCCUGCGAUCGGUGCCAUUGUUGAGAAAUCUGAGCGAGGAGCUGCUGGCCAAGAUUGCCGAUGUCUUGGAGCUGGAAUUCUAUGCGGCGGGCACGUAUAUCAUACGCCAGGGAACGGCCGGCGACAGUUUCUUUCUCAUCUCGCAGGGACAGGUGCGAGUGACACAGAAACUGACACCCGCCUCACUGGAGGAAACCGAGUUGCGUACUCUCAACCGGGGGGAUUACUUUGGCGAACAGGCGCUGAUCAAUGAGGAUAAGAGAACAGCCAACAUAAUUGCUCUGUCACCAGGCGUGGAAUGUCUCAGUCUGGAUCGGGACUCGUUUAAGCGCCUAAUCGGCGAUCUGUGUGAGCUGAAGGAGAAGGAUUAUGGCGAUGAGAGUCGCAUGUUGGCCAUGAAACAGGCGGCUCAGUGUGAGCAGUCCUUUGGCGCCCAGGCUCAGCAGGAGUAUCCCGAUCUAAAGCUCACCGAUCUGGAGGUGAUAAGCACUCUGGGAAUUGGUGGAUUUGGACGUGUGGAGCUGGUCAAGGCGCAUCAUCAGGGCAGGGAAGAAACCUUUGCCCUAAAGUGCUUAAAGAAGCGACACAUUGUCGACACCAAACAGGAGGAUCACAUCUACAGCGAAAGGACCAUUAUGCUCAGCUCCAAUUCUCCCUUCAUCUGUCGUCUCUUUCGCACUUUUCGGGACGAGAAGUACGUCUAUAUGCUGCUCGAGGCCUGCAUGGGCGGUGAGAUCUGGACCAUGCUGCGGGAUCGUGGCUCCUUUGAGGAUAAUGCGGCCCAGUUCAUCAUUGGCUGUGUCCUGCAGGCCUUUGAGUAUCUACAUGCACGUGGCAUUAUCUAUCGUGAUCUGAAGCCCGAGAAUCUCAUGCUGGAUGAACGUGGCUAUGUGAAACUCGUGGACUUUGGAUUCGCCAAGUACAUUGGCAAUAGCGCCAAGACAUGGACUUUUUGUGGCACUCCCGAGUACGUGGCACCCGAAAUCAUCCUCAACAAGGGACACGAUCGGGCUGUGGAUUACUGGGCACUCGGCAUACUCAUUCACGAGCUGCUCAAUGGCACUCCGCCGUUUAAUGCUCCGGAUCCCAUGCAGACGUACAAUCUUAUACUGAAAGGCAUCGAUAUGAUCAGCUUUCCGAAACAUACAUCCCGCUGGGCUGUGCAGCUUAUAAAGCGUUUAUGUCGAGAUGUUCCCUCCGAGCGACUGGGCUACCAAACAGGCGGCAUUCAGGACAUCAAGAAGCACAAAUGGUUUCAGGGCUUCGACUGGGAUGGUCUGUCCAGUCAGCUGUUGAUUCCUCCCUUUGUGCGUCCCAUUGCACAUCCCACAGAUGUGAGAUACUUUGAUCGAUUCCCCUGCGAUCUCAGCGAGCCGCCGGACGAGCUAUCCGGCUGGGAUGCGGACUUUUAGUAGUAGGCGUUGUUAUUAUUGUUGUUGCACUACUUGACUUUAUGCAAUAAUUAGGUUACCUCUUACGAAUUCCGAAUAUUUUUGUAAGAUUUACAAAAAAAAUAAAAUAAAAACAAAAAAAUUUAAUAAUUAUA